AUGACCGAGUCGAGCGAGCUCGAGCGCGCUGCCCAAGAAGGGCGCGCUGCCACAAGCGAUGGCGCCCACACGCCCACUUCAAUCCGCGCAGUGGAGGGCUUUUUCGCCGCGAAGGCGCCGGUGGCAGGCGACGAGUCGCUCUUCAAGCGGUUCCUGCUCGUGCCUGCGUCCUGGGACGCGUUCCAACGGAAAUUCGCCCAGCUGGAGAAGCCCUCGCAAGAGGAGGAGCAGCAGGAGGGGGGAGGUGGCAGCAGCAGCACACCUGUCCCAAGGCGCGUGAAGGCCGUGUACCUGGUGCGCCAUGCGGAGGGCACGCACAACGCCGCCGACAAGGAGUUCGGCACCGAGCGCUGGGAGUCCGAGCUCGCGUUCAGCGACACGUACCUGGACGCGGACCUCACGCCGUUCGGCGUCCGCGACGCUCAGAGCAAGGGCCCUGCGAGUGUCAGGGCGGAGCUGGGUAAGGGUAUGCCGCCCAUCGAGCGGGUGGUCGUGUCGCCGCUCUCGCGCGCCAUCCAGACGGCCCAGAACUUCUUCGCCAAGGACCAGGUGCCCGCUGCGCCGUUCGUGAGCAUGGAAAACUGCCGGGAGAUCCUUGGCUACCACACUUGCGAUAAGAGGCGCUCCGUCUCGGAGCUGAGACUCAAGUUCCCGGACGUGGACUUUUCAGCCAUCAAGGACGAGCAUGAUCCGCUCUGGACGCCCACGCACCGCGAGACGGACGAGGAGAUGCAGGCCCGCGCGAGGGUGUUUUUGCUCGAGCUCUUCCGGGACGUCCCAGAGCGGAACGUGGUGGUUGUCACGCACUCGGGCUUCAUGGAGGCCUUGUGCGCGGUGGUUCUGGGCGUCCGAAUCCACCCUGCAAACUGCGAGGUCAUCCCGCUGGUGCUGGAGGCGGUUUGA